AUGGCGGCGUCUGUUCUUUCCAACAUGCCACGUCGGCUCGUGGUGACCGACGCGUCUGUGAUUUCCGGACAAGUAAUCGCCGAUUUCUGCAGGAGCGUUAACGCCGCUGUCGCCGAGCCGUUGGAUUCCGCGAUGCAGUCGACAGCCGUCGUGACAAACGCCGGUUCCACGAAGCUUCCCAUCGCUUCCGGAUCCCUCGAGUCCGUUCUUUCCAUUGCGGAGCGCCCAGGCCAUCAUGAUGCCACGUGUCUUGCUGAGCUGGCACGCGUGCUGCAGCCCAAUGGCACGCUGCUGCUACAGGAGCCCGUGGCUGCCAGAUCAGCAGCUGCCGUGGAGCUGGAGCGUCUGCCUUCGUCACUCUCCGGGUCACCCCUUCCCAAUCAAGCUGCGCUGGAAAGAACGCUCCUCCUAUCAGGCUUCGCCACUUGGCAGGCCGUGAGCCCUAUUGCUGGCGUGGGAUUGGCUCCGGAGUUCAAAGGGAUCACGCCUGCGGCCAUCGGAUCAACCCAAGGGCCCCUUCUCAUCCCUGUCACGCUCAAGGCACAGAAACCCGCAUGGCAAACCGGUUCCUCCUUUUCCCUCAAGAAGAAAGGCACCUCAUCCGAAACCACUGCUGCUGCUGCUGCGCCGGCAGCAGCGCCUGCCACGUCAGCAGGGGUGCCGCUGCCCGCGCCCGCCAUGUGGCGCGUCGCUACUGGCGGAGCGGGCGAGGAGGAUGAUGAGCUGGUGGACGAGGAUUCGCUGCUGACAGCGGAGGAUCUGGUGGCUCCUGCGCCUCCCCCUGCCAGUGCCUCCGCAGGCUGUGGCACGGCCAAGACGGCAAGGAAGGCGUGCGCGAAUUGCACGUGUGGGAGGGCAGAGAUGGAGGCAGCAGAAGAGGCGGGAGGAGCAGAGGGAGGGCAGGGCAAGAGCAAGCUGACACUCGAUCAGAUUGCCAACCCUGAGUCAGCGUGUGGCAGUUGUGGCUUGGGAGACGCUUUCCGCUGUGCUGGCUGCCCGUACCGUGGGCUGCCUCCAUUCAAACUUGGAGAAAAGAUCUCCCUGGGCAAGGAUCUUCUCUCUGCUGACGUGUAG